AUGGGUGAUGACCAAGAGCCCAGUGUCACCACGAUGCCCUCGGUAACGGUACCCAGCAAUCCCUUUACCGGAGAAUUCAAAAAACAUGUAGAAACUACUUUGGAGGCAUGGAAUUGCCCCGGAAUGUCAAUUUCCGUUAUUGAUGAUGAUGAGAUAUUUUCCGAGAGCUUUGGCCAUGCCGUCCUUCCCGACACGAAGGCCACAAAUGAUACUCUUUGGUAUAAUGGCUCCUGCACCAAAGCCCAUACCGGCGCACUGCUCGCCAAGAUGAUUGACAGCAAAACGCAAUAUCCGACUCUCGCAGACAAGGGCUGGUCCACAACCAUGGCCUCUGUGAUUCGGGAUGAUUUUGUGUUGCAAGAUGAUUGGGCAACCAACCAUGCCACCGUCGAAGACGCAUCAUGUCAUAAUACUGGCAUGGGUCGACAUGACAUUGCGUUGCUCAAGGAAGUAACUUUGCCUGACGGCACGACGCGUGCGGCGACGCAACGUGACCACGUCCGACAGAUGCGACACCUUAACAUGGGUGACGAGCCACGCCGGCGUUUUAUCUAUAGCAAUCACAUGUAUAUGGCGCUCUCGCAUGCUGUUGAAACAGUGGCAGGCAAGCAGCUGGGAGAUGCCCUCCGCGAGCACAUUUGGCACCCGUUAGGCAUGAAGUCCACCUUCUUGGGCAACGAGGAGGCCGAGGCAGGAUCCGACACAAUCGCAACAGGCUACAGCUGGGAUUCGGAGAAGAAGGUUUACGAGCCACUGCCUUCGGAGACAGUGAAAGGGUUUUGCGGUACCGGCGGCGUCAUCUCCACAGUCAGCGACGCGGCCAAGUGGCUGCGGUGCCUGCUCAACAAGGGCGAGCCGCUUUCGACGGCGGUGCACGCAGACAUUAGGAAGCCGCGCAUCAUCAUCAGCCCGAUGACAGCCAACGGCAGCGACAUCACCACGUACGGGCUCGGCUGGCAGCGCACCGUCUACAAGGGCCAUGUGCUGUACUCGCACAGCGGCGCGACCAUGACGCACGGCUGCGAGAUGUUUUGGCUGCCGGACUUCAAGUUUGGGUUCGUGGCUGCGGGCAACGCGCACCGCGUGUCCAACUGUUCCAGCCGCUCGUUGGCGUACAGGCUCAUUGACGAGAAGAUUGGCGUGCCUGUCGGGGAGAGGAAGGAUUUCUCCGCGCUCUUGAGGAGUGAGGAGGAUACAUACAAGGCCGUCAAAGAUACUGCCAUGGAAGUGCUCUUUCCGAACCUCGGCGACACGCCCAUGUCGUGCCCCAUCAAGACGGGCGAGCUGACCGGCGCGUAUCGUGACGCCGGAUACGGCACGAUGGUAUUUACAGAGGUGUCGCACCCAGAAGCAGAAAAGGCACAGCGCGGCGACACCAUAUUGGAGGCGGUACGACGAGAUGCGUUUGUACCGUUGAGGAUCCGGCUGGUUCCCGCCACAGGACUGCACUGGUUGGCGUGCAUGAAACCCAUCGACCUGGACGAGGAUGCCAUGUCGGCAACACUACGAGCCGAGUUCAAGGUUGGUAUCGACGGCAAGACAGAGGCACUAGAAGUGGAUUUUACGAAUCCCAUGCUUGGGAUCGAGGAUGGAAAAGUGCUGUUCAAGAAGAUUCAACAGUAA